UUUCGCCGCCGCACCGCAGCCGUUACGGGGCGGGAGGACCCCGCGCGGGCUGCGGAGCCUCGGCAUCAUGUUCGCCGGCUUGCAAGAGCUCGGCGUGGCCAACGGGGAGGACUUGAAGGAGACGCUGACCAAUUGCAUGGAGCCCCUCAAGGCCAUCGAGCAGUUCCAGACAGAAAACGGCAUCCUGUUGCCCUCUCUUCAGUCCGCCCUCCCUUUCCUGGACCUCCAUGGAACCCCUCGGCUGGAGUUCCACCAGUCGGUGUUUGAUGAGCUGCGUGAGAAGCUUCUGGAGAGGGUCUCGGCUAUCGCCUCUGAAGGAAAGGCCGAAGAAAGGUACAAAAAGCUGGAAGAUCUCCUGGAGAAGAGCUUCCCUCUGGUAAAAAUGCCAUCCAUCCAGCCAGUGGUGAUGUGCGUCAUGAAACAUCUGCCCAAGGUUCCCGAAAAAAAGUUGAAGCUCGUGAUGGCCGACAAGGAUCUGUAUAAAGCCUGUGCCGUGGAAGUGAAACGCCAGAUCUGGCAAGAUAACCAGGCUCUGUUUGGAGACGAGGUUUCCCCGUUGUUGAAGCAGUAUAUCCUGGAGAAGGAAAAUGCUUUAUUCAGUAACGACCUCUCGGUGCUGCAGAACUUCUUCAGCCCUUCCCCUAAGAUGAGGCGGCAGGGAGAGGUGGUUCAGAAGCUGACCCAGAUGAUCGGGAAGAACGUGAAGCUGUACGACAUGGUCCUCCAAUUCCUCCGGACUCUCUUCCUUCGGACACGGAAUGUCCAUUAUUGCACAUUAAGGGCGGAGCUCCUGAUGUCCCUCCACGAUCUGGACAUCAGCGAGAUCUGCACGGUGGACCCUUGCCACAAGUUUACUUGGUGCCUCGAUGCUUGCAUUCGUGAAAAGUUCGUCGACAACAAGCGGGCGCGGGAGCUGCAGGGUUUCCUCGACGGAGUGAAAAAAGGCCAAGAGCAAGUCUUGGGGGACCUGUCGAUGAUCCUGUGUGAUCCGUUUGCCAUUAACACCUUGGCUUUGAGUACCAUCCGGAAUUUGCAGGAGCUGAUUGGUCAGGAAGUGUUACCCAGGGAAAGCCUGGAGCUCUUGUUACUUCUGAGGAUGCUGUCCCUGGGACAAGGAGCUUGGGAUGUAAUCGACAGCCAGAUCUUCAAAGAACCCAAACUGGAAGUGGAUUUGAUCACCAAAUUUCUGCCCAUGCUGAUGGCCUUCGUGGUGGACGACUACACCUUCACCGUGGAUCAGAAGCUGCCUGCGGAAGAGAAAGCGCCAGCGUCUUACCCCAGCGCCAUCCCUGAGAUGUUUCCAAAAUUUCUGCAAGAGCAGCGGAUCGCUUGUGAGAUCGGCCUUUACUACGUGCUUCACAUCACCAAGCAAAGGAACAAGAACGCAUUGCUUCGCUUGGUCCCCACCCUGACAGAGACUUUUAACGACCUGGCCUUUGGUGACAUUUUCCUGCACCUGUUCACCGGCAACCUCACCUUGCUGGCUGACGAAUUUGGGCAAGACGAUUUCUGCGCUGUCCUUUUCGACCGCUUCUUCCUGACGGCCUGCCCCAGGAAGGACAACGUCCACCGGCACCUGCUGAGGAUGCUUCUUCACCUCCAUCACAAAGUGGUCCCCGCCAAGCUGGAGUCGCUGCAGAAAUCCUUGGAACCCACCAAGCAGAGCAGCGAAGCGGUGAAAGAGCUUUUCAACCAGCUGGGCGAGAAACUGGAAGUCCGCAAAGCCAGCCCUGUCCCAGAAGCCGAGGCACCACCGAUGGAUUUGCCCCUCCCGACAGUAUCUUCUACCCCGGUUCCACCAUAGAUAGCCUCCCCUCCCCUCUCCCCUCAUUCCUUCUGGGGAAUGAGCCAGGGUCUUUCCUGGCCUUGGGCACAGAGGUGGGGCAUCGGUUGGUGCAGAAAUCACCUGGGCGACCUUGAACAAAGCUUCUCAGCUGCCCGCUUAGGGUCUCAUCUAAUGGUGUAGGUGCCUCCCCUAGAAGUGGGGAGGGGGCUGCACAAUUAAGGGUAAGGUUGGGGGUGUUUUUUUUUGAAGGGGAAGAUCAUUUAGGGCAGGGGUCUCUCCAACCUUGGCGGCUUUUAAAACUUUUGGGGACUUCCAACUCCCAGAAUUCCUCAGCCAGCCAGCCGGUUGAAGUCCACAAGUUUUCAAAUUGCCACGUUUGGGGACCCCUGAUUUAGGCUGUCUGGAUAAUAGCCCUGGAAGGGGCAGGGCAAGUUUAAAUCCAGAUGUUAUUUUUGAAAAAAAAACAAAAAAAAAUUGUGUGUGUAGGAAACGCACUAAAGGAAUGAUAAAAGUUGGGAAUAAUUUGUUCGUGCUUUUUUUUUUUUCUUUUCCCCCCCCUAGUGUAGGAAAAAUAAACUUUCCAAGCUCUG